AUGUACAUUCCCAAUGCCUCUAUCAUUGCUAUUUCCACGUCCAUUGUCGCUGCCACUAUCAUUCCUACGGCCGUUGCCACUACCUAUACCACUGCCACUAGCAAUCCUAUUGCCCCUGCCACUACCAUUACCACUGACACUACCAUUCCUACUGCUACUACCACUACCUUUACCACUGCCACUACCAUUCCUACUGCCACUACAACUACCUAUACCACUGCCAUUACCAUUCCUAUUGCCGCCACUGCAACUACCUUUACCACUGCCACUACCAAUACCUCUGUCACUACCUAUACCACUGCCACUACCAUUCCUGCUGCCUCUGUCACUACCUAUAACGCUGCCACUACCAUUUCUACUGCCCCUGCCACUACCUUAACCACUGCCACUACCAUUCCUGCUGCCGUUGCCACUACCUGUACCACUGCCACUACCAUUCCUGCAGCCUCUGUCACUACCUAUACCACUGCCACUACCAUUCCUGCUGCCUCUGUCACUACCUAUACCACUGCCACUACCAUUCCUGCUGCCUCUGUCACUACCUAUACCACUGCCACUACCAUUCCUGCUGCCUCUGUCACUACCUAUACCACUGCCACUACCAUUCCUGCUGCCUCUGUCACUACCUAUACCACUGCCACGUCCAUUGUCACUGCCACUACUAUUCCUACUGCCAGUUUCACUUCCUAUACCACUUUGCAAACCAAAGCCACUACCACGUCCAUUGCCACUGCCACUACCAUUCCUACUGCCAGUGCCACUACCAAAGCCACAACCACGUACAUUGCAACUGCCACUACCAUUCCUACUGCCACUACCACUACCACUACCAUAGCCACUACCACGUCCAUUGCAACUGCCAUUGCCACUACCUAUACCAGUACCACUACCAAAGCCACUACUAGGUCCAUUGCAACUGCCACUACCAUUCCUACUGCCAGUGUCACUUCCUUUACCACAGAAAUGUUUAAAAAGACGAUUUAUAGUCGAUAUUUUAAGUGCAUCCUGUUACGUCUCAUAUAG